AUGGCAAGUCUGGAGGAGAUCGUGCAAGCACCAGAGAUCGGCAGUCAUUAUGAGAUCAUUGACAAGAUCGGCCAGGGGUCCUAUGGUGCUGUCUAUGGGGCAAUUUGCCGGUCGGAUGGACGGCAAGUGGCAAUCAAGAGGACUCUCUACUGCGGUGAAGAGGGUGUCCCGGCGACCACUUUGCGUGAGAUCUCCGUGCUUCGCAGUUUGAGCCAUGAGCAUGUGGUGAAGCUCCAUGACAUGAUUGCAGAUGACCAAUACAUUUGGAUGGUCUUCGAGCGCUUUGACAUGGACCUCAGAACCUACCUGCACCGCUACGGCUCUUUUCAAGGCGAUUUACUGCGGCGUGGUGCCUGGCAAUUGUUCUCAGGGCUGGCUCAUUGUCACCAGCGGCUCGUUCUUCAUCGGGACUUGAAGCCACCCAACAUCUUGAUGAAGAUGGGAGAGAUGCGUUUGGUCUUGGCAGAUUUGGGCCUUGCUCAAAUGAUGCGCCCGAGAACAGCUGUUUGCAGUGGUCAGGUGUGUACACUUUGGUAUCGUCCGAUCGAGCUUCUCCUGGGCUUCCGUCACUACGGCCCACCUAUGGAUGUGUGGUCGCUGGGUUGUAUCCUGUCUGAAAUGACCACCAGACGAGUGCUUUUCCCUGGGGACUCUGAGAUCGACACGAUCUUUAGGAUCUUCCGGCUGCUGGGCACACCAAGUGAAGAGACCUGGCCUGGUGUAUCAGCACUGGAGUAUUUCAGCAAAGACUUCCCGGACUGGAGCAACACCCUGCACAUUCCAGGUUUGAGCGAUGCUGGCCAUGACCUCUUGGAGCAGUGCCUCCAAUACAAGGCCCACCGCCGGAUCUCAGCUGCCACUGCACUGCAGCAUCCAUUCUGUGGUGAGCCUGCGAGCAUUUGGCUCUAG